UUAAUAUAAAGUGCGAGAUUUCACUAAAAAAGGUUAAAAUUGAAGUGAGUAAUCUUCGGUGCAUAAUGCAAUUGUUAAUUUUAGCUCGUUGCGUGGGUGCCGCUCUGACUUGAACAGCCGGCUGUAGCCUUCAUUAGAGAAGAAGCAGGCAGCUCGGGACAGGUGGAGUGGAUCAAGCUGUGAACUUGAUUUGCUGGAGGCCGGUCAUUAGUGUUAGAAACCCAGUCUUGUUUAUUUCGUCCCUCACCCUUACCAUGGUUGUUGCAAUUAUUGUGACUAUUGACUUUUCGUCUUUUUUCAGGUGGAUGAUGUGUCAGGCUGUGUAAGGGAAUCGCACGGAGAUGGGCGUUUUGAACUGUUGAUGGGGACAUGGGACUCCCGCUGUCUCUGAUCCCUCGUGUGGAUUUUCCCAGCGUAGAAGGACAGAAGCCGCUCGUAAGUCGCCAAGACCGACAGCAGAAAUUCUGCGCAAAAGGGUGUCAAAUCUUGUUAUUUUAAUUUGCAUCUGGGAGAAUGUCUGAGCCAGGAGACCUGAGUCAGACCAUAGUGGAGGAAGGCGGGCCUGAGCAGGAGACGGCCACUCCAGAGAAUGGCGUGGUUAAAUCCGAAAGUCUGGACGAGGAGGAGAAACUGGAAUUACAGAGGCAACUGGCGGCUCAGAACCAAGAGAGAAGAAAAUCCAAGUCAGGAGCAGGGAAAGGUAAACUGACUCGCAGCCUUGCUGUCUGUGAAGAAUCCUCGGCCAGACCAGGAGGGGAAAGUCUUCAGGACCAGGAAUCAAUUCAUUUACAGCUUUCCAGUUUUCCCAGCCUGCAAGAGGAUGAUAAAUCUAGGAAAGAUGACUCUGAAAGAGAAAAAGAAAAGGAUAAAAACAAAGAUAAAACCUGUGAAAAACCCAAGAUCAGAAUGUUAUCAAAAGAUUGCAGCCAAGAAUAUACGGAUUCUACAGGCAUAGACUUACACGAGUUUCUGAUUAACACAUUAAAGAAUAAUUCCAGAGACAGGAUGAUACUCUUGAAAAUGGAGCAGGAAAUUAUUGAUUUCAUUGGUGACAACAAUAAUCAUUAUAAAAAGUUUCCUCAGAUGUCGUCCUAUCAGAGGAUGCUUGUCCAUCGAGUGGCAGCUUACUUUGGGUUGGAUCACAACGUGGAUCAAACAGGGAAAUCUGUCAUCAUCAACAAAACCAGCAACACAAGAAUACCAGAGCAAAGGUUUUGUGAACAUUUAAAAGAUGAAAAAGGUGAAGAAUCCCAGAAGCGGUUUAUCUUGAAGCGAGAUAACUCUAGUAUUGAUAAAGAAGACACUCAGUCAGUUUGCUCCCAGGAAAGCCUUUUUGUGGAAAACAGUAGGCUCUUGGAAGACAGUAACAUAUGCAGUGAGACCUAUAAGAAAAGACAGCUCUUUCGGGGCAACAGAGACAGCUCUGGGAGAACAUCUGGAAGUCGGCAGAGCAGCUCGGAGAAUGAACUCAAGUGGUCCGACCACCAAAGAGCCUGGAGCAGCACAGAUUCUGACAGCUCCAACCGCAAUCUCAAGCCUGCCAUGACCAAGACGGCGAGUUUUGGGGGCAUCACGGUGCUGACCAGGGGUGACAGCACAUCCAGUAGCAGGAGUACCGGGAAGCUGUCCAAAGCAGGUUCUGAGUCGUCCAGCAGUGCAGGCUCGUCAGGAUCGCUGUCGCGUACCCAUCCACCUCUCCAGAGCUCACCGCUGGUCUCGGGCGUGGCAGCCACUUCUCCCGGCUGUGUGACCUACCCAGAGAAUGGGAUGGGAGGCCAGGUCGCUCACAGCAGCACCAGCUACAUCCUCCUUCCCCUCGAAGCUGCCACAGGCAUCCCACCCGGAAGCAUCCUUCUUAAUCCACAUACAGGCCAGCCCUUCGUGAAUCCCGAUGGAACCCCCGCCAUAUACAACCCCCCCACCAGCCAGCAGCCCCUGCGAAGCGCGAUGGUGGGGCAGCCCCAGCAGCAGCCCCAGCAGCAGCCCUCCCCGCGACCCCAGCAGCAGGCCCAGCCACCCCAGACGCAAAUGGCAGGCCCACUGGUCACUCAGUCUGUCCAGGGGCUGCAGGCUUCCUCCCAGUCAGUGCAAUACCCAGCUGUGUCUUUUGCUUCCCAGCAUCUCCUGCCCGUGUCUCCGACGCCGCAGUUCCCCAUGAGAGAGGAUGUGACCACGCAGUUUGGCCAGAUGAACCUGAGCCGGCAGUCCUCGGGGGAGACUCCCGAGCCCCCAGCCGGCCCUGUCUACACACCGUCCCUCCUGCCGCAGCCCACCCAGCAGCCAAGCUACGUCAUCGCCUCCACAGGCCAGCAGCUCCCAACGGGGGGCUUCUCGGGCUCCGGCCCUCCCAUCUCCCAGCAAGUCCUCCAGCCCCCUCCCUCGCCCCAGGGAUUUGUGCAACAGCCUCCACCCACACAGAUGCCUGUAUAUUAUUAUCCAUCUGGUCAGUACCCUACCUCAACCACGCAGCAGUACCGGCCCAUGGCCUCUGUUCAGUUCAGUGCUCCGAGAGGCCAGCAGAUGCCACAGACAGCACAGCAAGCAGGUUACCAGCCGCUCUUGUCUGGUCAACAGGGGUUCCAAGGCCUCGUGGGGGUACAGCAGCCGCCUCAGAGUCAGGGCAUGAUGAGCAGCCACCAGGGAACUCCAGUGCAAAGCGUGAUGCUCUCCUACCCAACCGUGUCUAAUUAUCAGGUGCCAAUGACCCAGGGUUCUCAAGGACUGCCCCAGCAGUCAUACCAACAGCCAAUCAUGCUACCUAACCAGGCAGGCCAAGGGUCCCUCCCAGCCACUGGAAUGCCUGUGUACUGUAACGUCACACCGCCGACCCCUCAGAACAACCUUAGGCUGAUGGGCCCUCACUGUCCCUCCAGCACUGUCCCCGUGAUGUCAGCCAGCUGCAGGACCAACUGUGCCAGUAUGAGCAAUGCUGGGUGGCAGGUCAAGUUCUGAGCACUCUGGCCAUGGUACAUGUCUUCAGAUACUACUCAUGGCCUUUAAGGGAGGAAGAGCAAGGUGCGAAAACUCACUGAGGACUUAAGUAUUCACUCAACACCCAAAUGACUGCUGCUGGUAUUCUGUAAAAAACAAAACAAACAAACAAAAAAAAAAACAAAGACUAAUCCACACAUUAGCUGGUUAAUGGUGCAUAUUUCCGUCAUGUCUGCUAGGUAUGCCUUUCUAGCUUAGCUAGUGACAUGAAUUCAUCAAGGUAAGAUUUUCUCCUACCACUGAAUACCACUGUGUAGAUGAUAAUAUCCCUAAUUUGGAUUAUUAGUUUUGUACUUUGUGUUGACUUUGUGAUGCUAAAAGUAUUUAAAAAUUAUAUACUGAAAUCACAUUGUACCAAAGCUGUAAUGGAAAAGAACUGAUGAAUGGAAGGAAUAAUUUAUAUACACUAUAGAGUUUUCUUUUUUUAAUGGAUAUAUACUGUAUUGUAGUGUUUAAUCAAAAUAAAACUAUUUGACCUUAUGGAGGAAGGUCAUGUUUU